AUGAAGUUCCCUGUCCCGAUUCUGUCGCUGCUGGCCGUCGCCCAGGCAGUGGCUAUCCCUUCGGGGUCCGAGGCUUCUGCCUUUUCUUUUGAGCAAUGGGUCGAAGACAUCAUUGCCAGCCCCGACGGGAAGCAUCUCAGCCCUGAAGAGGCGAUAGAUGCUCAUCUGGCUUACAUCAAUGGCACGGAUGUCAACUUGCUGGAAUCCCGAGCCCUCGAGAAACGUGUGACAUGCUGGACCAGCAGUACCUCACCACCUCCAGCCUGGCUUUUCCGGCGCUGUGGUAAUGCAAGGAUCUACGGGACGACUGGUGGUAGUCAGAGCCUGCCAGUGACAGAUAUCUGCAGUAAAGUUGCUCGCGCAGCUGGCCGUGUUAUGGAUUCGUGCUACCGUUCGGACAACACAGUCAGGGGAAGCGAAAUGGUCAGCAACAAGGCGUACCAGCUCAACUUGAAUGGAGUCAACUGA